CAAUGCAUACAAAUCAUAGCCGACUCUUUAGAAAGAUACCCUACUCUUGCUAUACACACGCACAAAUUGUGAAUAGGUUUUCACUCAUAUUUAAUGAAGUAAGCUCUCUCUAUAGUUAGCUUGCGCUAGCGCUACGAUACGUACGUCGCCUUUACGGAGCUAGGAGCUUGCUAGCCUUGAUCUAUCGUGAAUAGUGACAGAAAUUUAUCCAUCAUCACUUUGUAAUCUGAUAUUCUACGGCUUUUUCUUAUUUUCCCAUAUGCGUCGCUUGGUUGUUGUGGUAGAAGCAGUGUACAUUCUACACAAUACGAGUAUCAUCAUACGAUCAUAUGAGCAACAAUCGUGUGAAUCCUGACAAUUCGAGUCAAAUUGAACUGAUGGCGCAGAAACAGAGAAGCAACGAUGGGCAGUGGCAAGCCCAACAUGAUGAACAAGGCAUUAUUGGAGCAAAUACCGCAGACCAUAGCAUUGGUUGCUGCGGGGUGUUCCUCAUGCUUAUUUCGGUGUUACUAGUGAUCUGCACGCUCCCAUUUUCAUUAUUUAUCUGCAUAAAGGUGGUUCAGGAGUAUGAAAGAGCAGUUAUCUUUAGACUUGGGCGUCUCUUGUCUGGUGGUGCUAAAGGACCGGGUCUCUUCUUCAUCCUACCUUGCAUCGAGGAUUACAGAAAGGUAGAUCUUCGUACCAUUUCGUUUGAUAUUCCUCCUCAAGAGAUUCUGACCAGGGAUAGCUUAACCAUCUCUGUGGAUGCUGUGGUCUUCUACCGUGUCAAGAAUGCCACCGUCAGCAUCGCCAAUGUUGAAGACGCAGGCAGAUCAACCAGACUUCUGGCUCAGACGACACUUCGUAAUGUCCUCGGCACCAAGAAUCUGUCGGAGGUCCUGGCAGAACGUGAAGGUAUCAGUCACUACAUGCAGUCCACCCUCGACCAUGACACCGACCCUUGGGGUAUCCAAGUAGAGCGAGUUGAGAUCAAGGAUGUUCGUUUACCUGUCCAGCUCCAGAGAGCCAUGGCUGCUGAAGCUGAAGCUUCCAGAGAGGCUAGGGCUAAGGUGAUUGCUGCUGAAGGAGAGCAGAAUGCUGCUCGUGCUUUGAAGGAAGCUGCAGAUACUAUUGCCGAAUCUCCAUCGGCUCUUCAGCUGAGGUACCUCCAGACCCUCAACACCAUUGCAGCAGAAAAGAAUUCCACUAUUAUCUUUCCACUUCCUAUUGAUCUUAUCAAUGGUGUUAUGAAAAAGUAAACUCCAUUGUAAUGCCUGUAACACAAUCCCACAUCAAGAGACAGGCAAUCACAUCUUUUCAUUUUGAAGAAGAAUUUUUCAUUCAAUUAUUUGGAAGUUGGUAACUUUUAUACUCUUAAUGUUCUGGCUUUUUAAUAUGAGAUUUUUUAAUCUGAUUAAGAUAAUUUGUUUAAGGCUGCCAAAACAGGAAUCCUUUUAUUUGGUAAAUUGUAGGGUCUGUCUACACUGUGCAAAUCCAGGGUGCAAAUGCAUUUCAUAAGAGAUGUUUGGGCAUUUUCUUGCAUGUAGUCAUCAAAAAUUAUUUUGUUUGAUAAAGAAUUUUGAGCCAUUUUGGGGUUAUCGUUACUUAAUUGUAGAUUAUUUUAAGCAAAUCGAGAUUAUUCUAGGCCUACCCGGUAUAUGUUUUUUUUCGCUCAAGACAGCAUGUCAUGCAUUUAUUUUGAUGCUAAAAUUCAAAGUCAGAUUUGCAGUUCAUUUGUCUUUUUCAUACGCUACGUGUACCUUAUGGUUGUUACAUAAAAAAUGGAUCUCCUUACAAGCUUGGAAACUUAAAUUGUUCAUUGCACAGAAGGUGCAAUCUACAAUGUACAUGUAGAGUACAUCUGUCUUCAUGAAUGGGUAUUCACAUUUUCAGAUUGAUUUCUAUCUAUAAAAAAAAUAUGUCAAUCCUAAUAAUACUUAGGCCUAUGCCUUUGAUUUUGCACAAAUGUAUAGCAAUCAAGACAUUAUUUGUGCCUGUACAGUAUAGAUUAAAUAAUACAUUAAUGGAAUCAUGUGCAAUCCUUUUAAUUGAUACAUGGAUGUACAUGUAUGACAUGUUUCUCUCCGCAAAUGGAUUGAUAAUAAAUGAAGUGCAUGUAACGAAAGUGAUCUACAUGUACAUGUAUGUCACAUUCCCUAUCAUAUAUAUGUAACACAGGGUGUAGUCAAAAUGCAUGCGAUAUUUGAUGUGUGUGCGGUUGCCAUCUAGAUGUAAUUUAAAUAACCUAAGCAUUAAUCCUUCAUUGUAUAAUUCACUCAGUAAAUGUAUACAUGUACAUGUACUGUACUAUUAAUUGGUAUCUAUGUGCACAUCUUAUCCUGUAUUUCCAUUUGUCUUUGUAUAUAUGCAUAUCUAACUUAUAUCUUAUUCUCACAUUGUUUUUAUAUUUAUUUUACCAUUCAAAAAUGGUAACUCUUUACUCACAUGGGGCCGUAUUCUGAAGUCGGGUUUAACUUAAACUCAGGUUUAAAGUUGUGGUUUAAGUAUGGAUAGCCAAUUGUUACGUAAAUUACUAACAGUAGAGAUAUCAUAUUUCAGCUCAUUUGGCUCUCAAAUCAUUCAUAAUUGUCUAGGAAGUAUAAAAAGAUGAUUGUAUUCACCAUUGAUGAAUCAGGAAAGAGCACAGUAAACAUAAGAAACAUACAACAUAGUAAAAAUUUUGACACUUUUGGCUUCCCAUAAUUUUAGCACAGAGACCAUGGUCUAAGUUAAACCUGACUUCAGAAUAUGGGCCAUGGGGUAUAAUUAAAUUCACAAUUGGACCGCAGUAAGAAGUUGGUUGGUUACAUUGAGAACAAUUCUACUGUACAUGUAUUUGGACAUGUAGCUUCUGGGUGAAAUUGAUCCGAAUCAUGUUCACUUGUCUAUCCAUGUACAUGUAUGACAGUCUUAUGAAGGAACUCUUUUAUAUCAAGGAGUUUUGCAUGUUCUUCCUUGUGAUUGAUUAUGUAUUGUAGUGUAUAGUGUUUAAACAUACAUAUAUCAUUUGUUGUUUUCUCAGGGGUUUAGGGGAGAAUGUGCAUGAUUUCAUUAUUGUAAUUGUAAAUUACACCUUGCAUCUUUUUAUUUCAAUUCUCAUGAGAGGUUUGUCCGUUUAUUUGUAGAGUUUUUUUUUAUAAAUCAGUGUUUGUUGAGUGUAAUGAAUUAAUGAAAGUUGCAUUCUAUGACACACAAAUUGGCAUAAUAGGAUUCUCCUCCUGUUUGCUCAUUACUAUUAGAAAAAAUGAGUGUACACAUACAUAUGUACCUCAACAAAAUUCUCUCAUCAACAAUUCUGUAACAACAUUUUCUUCUUUUUUAUUUCAUAUACAGAGCAAAUUACUGUACAUGUACAUGUAGCCUGCUGCUUGUAUUGACAGGGCAAAUAGGUGCAGACUUAUUGUAAUUCAAUUGAACAGAUUUUGUUAUCAACUUGAUAACACUGACAUCCUUUAUAAUUUAUUAAUUGUAUUUGGAUCGUGAUGAUAUAAUUUUAUAUAUUUUUUUUUAGUUUUUAGUUCGAGAACAAUUUGGUCGUAAGCUCAUAUAGGUGGAUAAUCAACUGUGAGCUGCAUCUAGUGUGUCAUUCUCCAAACGCAUUGUGGAUCUAUCACCUAUUAUUAGUAUCCUACUACAACACUGCCCUUUUUUACUCUAGCGCCAUCUCUAGUUAUAAAAUGAAGAUUCUCGCAGAUUUUGUUGCAUCAAAGUCAAACUUGGCGUAUUAUGUUAACUAUCAAUGGCAAUUACGAUUGAAAACAAUGUCGAUUGACUGUUGAGUGAAAAUAAAGUAGUUGCUGGAUUGAUGACUGAAAUUAACUGUAAACGGUUAUUCGAUGCAGCAGUUAAAAAAAAUCCUCUAUACAUGUAUAUUUUUUUCUUUUUUUACAAUAAUUUGUGCAAAAUCAUCAUACAAUUUGAAACGAUUCAUGUACUUUCUUGUUAAUGCUUUGUAUUUACACUCUGUAUUAUAUUAAAAAAAACAGUUAUCAAGUCUAUUUAUAUAUUUGUGAUCAGUAGUGAUCAUUAAAAAAAAAUCUU